AUGCCCGAAGAGAAGAAGAAGAGCGGCACCCCUCCGUGGCAGGGUCCGGUGAGGAGGACGGCACGAGAUGGCCACAAUAAUCGCGGUCGGUACGGCUACGGCGGCGUCCAAUCCAAGUGGUGGCCCGAGGGUGUUUUGCACAGUAAUGUGGGUGCAUGGAUGACGAUCCGUCACGAGAUCUACCCCCAUAUAUCUGAUCGACAACCCGUGUGUACCGACCACCGCCCGUUCUCCGACCUACCCCUGGCCAGUGGAACAAAUGUGGACGAGAGGCUUAAAGCUGCCCGGGAAAGGAGAGAGGAGCAACAGCGGUUACUCGCGUCGCGGGUGAACACCAGGUUUGAACGGGAGCAGCGGGCCAAGCUUCACUAUGAGCAGCUGCUACAGGAGCGCCAGAAGAAGCUCCAGGAGCAAAAACUCAAGGAAGACAGGAGGCGCGCUGCCGUAGAGGAGAAGCGACAGCAGCACCUCAAGGAGGAGAAAGAGCGAAAUGAAUCUGCUGUACGCCGGACCCAGGAGAAGAGCCAAAGAGCCCAACAGAGCUUCAGCCAAAAUGUGAGAGGCAGGAAGCCCGCAAAAAACGCUCCACGUCACAUAGCGCUCAGCACAUGGGAGAAGAACCUGGUGUGUCGCCUGCUAACCCCCACGAGCUCUUAUCUGGCCCGGAGCAAGAGUGCUACUGGCCAGUCAGGAGAAGAAGUUGUUCAUAUUUGUCGCCGUGCAGUUUCCUUUUACUCCACGAGCAGUAGCAGCCCAAGCAGUACGCCGCAGAAGGUCCACGACGCCAGACUCCGGAUCCAGAGGCCCCAAACGCAGAGAGCCAAAAAUCUGAAGUCCCAGAUUGACAGACUGCAGAACCAAAGACCCCAGAUUCAGAAAUCUCCGAUUCAGAUACCGCAGAAGCAGAGGCCAAUGGAGCAGAAACUCCAGAGCCAGAAAUACCAGAUGCAGAGAACCCACAACAUGAGGCCCCAGAGCUCCUCAACAUACCUGAGUCCCAGCCACAUCCAAAGCAGAAACUCCGGUGGUGUACAGCCCAAAGCAACUACAAGGCACAACGCGAAGAAGACGACUCCAAACCUGAGUCUACAUGCUCACUCACCUGUAAACAAUAAGGCUGCCACUAAAAUGAGCAGAACAGAGUCUUCGCCCUCUCCAGAACGGGCUCACAGGAGAUCGGGCCACCGGCACUCCAUCCCUCUUCAACUGGACCUUGAGUCGGUUCCCGAGGAAGAUGUUCCCAUUGGCAACUCAGCCCUGUCACCCGGCAACUCCAGGCCUGCCAAGACCUCUGUCGAAAACAAGAUGGAGGAUUCAUCUGAGGCUCUGCGCUCCGAGAUGGAAACAGAAAGCAGAACCGCGGGAGAUGGCAGUCCCUCGAAGACGCUUCCCCCUCCGGACGAAGCCCAGCUGAGGCCCAAGAGUGGUACCACCGACCCAGAAGAGGCCUCUCGCCUGCUGAUGGAGAGGAGGCGAGAGGCCCGGUUGCUCAGGGAGCUGGAGGAACGGGAGCGCCUGGAAACGGUCGAAGCUGAAAGGCGAAGUCGCGAGGAGCUGGAGCGCCACAGGGCUCAGGAGCGAGCCCGGCAGCAGGCUGAGGCCGAGUGUCUGAUUGCCGAAAAGCAAAGACGCGAGGAAGAAGAGCAUCGGCGGGCAGAGGAGGAGAGAGCUCAGGCUAUGCGGGAAGCGGCUCUUCUGCACAAGAAGAGGGAGGAGGAACAAGCCAGAGAGCGAGAGAAAGCUGACCAGUUGCAGAAGGAGCGUGAGCUCCUCUCGCAGAAAGAAGACGCAGAGCGACAAGUCAGGAAAAAGCGACUGGAGGAGAUCAUGCGCAGGACCAGAAGAACAGUUUCUCCUGACACGAAAUCAACAACGAUGACUAUCUUACCGAAGGAGAACAGUGAGCCCCCUGUGCAGCCGGUGGUUUCCACGCCCUCGCGGACAGUCGUAGGUGAUAAGGACGUCAAUGAUGACAUAGUGCCAGUGGUGGCCUUUAAGGAGCGGCGGUCUCUCCGGACUCUCACAGGUCUGGAAGACAUUCAGACACACCAAAGAGCGGAGGUCAUCUGAGCUGCGACGUCUCAGCCAAGCACAAUCAAGUCGACGUUCCACUUGGAGGACUCCGACCGUGGCCAACUUCUUCUUUGUUUCGUUUGAAGGAAAACGCCGUUGAGGGGUCACUUUAGCACAUCAC